AUAACAAAAAUGGGCCUUGUGAUAAAGUCAGUGUACAGCAUGGAAACUUGAAAUAUUUAUACAUACAGAGCCACAAAAGGGCUCGAGAGUCAGCGCCUGGAAACAGCUUCCAUGCUUCUCCAACCUUGUUAACUCCGCUCUUUUGUAUGAGAGAGAGAGAGAGAGGGGGGGAGAGUGAGUGAGAGAGGGGAGUAAAUGCAUCAUGCAUGACUCUUUUUCCUUGGCAAGCAAGGUCUUGUAGGUAUAAAAUACUUCAAACCUUGCUAGAGAAUUAAAAGGAGAGAGAGGCCCAUUUCUUCUUCUAGUCUUAAUAAUAACUUCACCUUUAGUUAAGAGCUAGCUAGAGAGAUCAUGGCUAUGGGGGGUUCCCACAAAGGAAACGGCAAUGGAAAUAGAGGGAAGCCAUAUGGGUUGAUGUUGCUUUUAGCAUUUGGGGCUGCUUUGCUUGGCGUUAUGGUGCUACACAAGCUCAGAGAGAGGCGCAUCUUCAACCUCCUUGUCGAAGAGAAGGGCCAAGAGCUCAUUUCCCUUCAGCUUCUCUUGCAGAAGGAAGGACAACGCAGCAGAGAAAUGAAGAGGAAGACCGAAGAGAUGAAAGCAAAGAUUUACUCUCUAAGAAUCCAAAAGAUGGAGCUCGACAGGCGGCUUCUGGAGAUGCAGUCUACGAUUGGUUCUAUGAAGGAUGAACAAAAGAUUAUGGAGUCUGCACUCGAGGAGAAGCAAAGUGAGAUCAAAAUGCUAAGAGAGACGAACAAAGGUGCGGAGAAAGAAACUCUUCAAAUGGAAGUACUUAGAGAAAGUCUGAAACAAAAGGAAGCUGAAAUUGAGGAUUUGAAGCACCGUCUUGAAUACCCAGCUAAGAUAUGGUCGGUCAGCACAGAUGACCCAUCGAGCCCAUCUGUAAACAGGACUGUGACCUUGAAUAUGAUAAGCGAGAAUAAGAUAGAGGCUGGAAAGAGUGAAGAAGAGGUUCUGUUGCAAGAAUCUGCAAAUGAUAGUAAUGGUUUGAAUUCAACAAAGGGUAACGGAGGCAACACUACAUCCAUCAAUCAAGAACAGGUGGGUGAUACUGCCACAGUUGAAAAUGCAAGUGAAAGCAAGGUAGCAAUUCCUGACAGGACAGAAGAGCCCAGAGAAGAGCAGUUGCAGAUGCUUGAAGGCUCCAGAAAUGGAAGAGCCAUUGGAAUUACUAAUGAUCAAGUGAACAAAAGUGAAAGUUCUCAAGAGAAGGGCACUUCUGGUUCGGGAGAGGAAAAUAAUGCUUCAAAUGCAACUGAGACGAACGUGAGCAGGAUUGGAAGAGUAUCAAAAAUUACAGAUGCAGAUAAUGAAGAGAAAUCAAAGGAUGGUGAAGAGCAUAAAGUCACCCGAGAUGGGAAGCUGGAACUCGAAAAUGUUCUGGAGGCAGAAGGUCAUCAAGAAACUUUUAGGGGUGGUGUGAAGUUGAAAAUGAUGGACAACUCCAGAAAUACGAGGAGGGAGAAAUACCGCCAUGCUAGCAGAGUAAGAGGAAAGAGAGGGGAAAUGGGUACCAGGAAUAGGCUGCUGGAGAUUAGAAAUCAUGAAAACAAUGGGGCUGAGAAGAUGAGAAGUAGGAAGUCUCCUACUGAUGAUCAAGGAAGACUGAUGGACAGAGAAGAGGGAAGAGCGUCCAAUGAUGGAAAAACAGAAGAAAUAAGAAAGGCAGUGGAUUCUUCUGAUGGCAAAACAAUGGAGCAUCAAAACCAUGAAGACUCUAAAGAUCUGCAAAACAAACUGGGGAAAGAUGGUACAAAUCACCAGAUGAGUGAAGACCAUGAGACAUUGAAAAGGCUCCGGAUAGCUCAUGACAGCAAAGAGCUGACAAAUGGAAGCCUUGAUGGCCAGCCUGGUAACAUCAGAAGCAAUGACAGGAAAGAGAGCCUGGAUAAAGGCCAACAACAUGAAGAUCGACAACAAGCCAGUGGCACGCAAGAAAGCAGAAACAGCAGCAUUAUGAACAACAAAGAAAACAGUAAUGAACAAGUGAAACUAAUCAGAAAGCAUGAAAAGCAAGAACAAACAGAGGAUUCAGAUACAGAACAGGAGACAGAUGGAGGAGCUGGAUAUUUUUACAAGGACUCAUUUUCUGAUUUUGAAGAAGAUAAAGAAGAGUACAGAGAGGAAACGGACGAGUCCGAGUUCUAGCUCAAUAACAACGGCAUUUGGUAUUCUUACUUGCUGUAAAGGUCUUAGAUUUCUAUCCGCAUGACUGCUAGGACCACUAUCAAGUUUGCUUGGAGUUUAAAACUAAAUACAUAAAUACAUGGCAUAUAAAUUUGCAGGA